CUGGCUCCACUGCUAGCCCUGCUGCCCUCCGACUCCACGGCGUUGAGCAGUAGCUGAAAAGCAACAGCCCGCGGGGCCGCGCUCUAACCCCGCCUUCCGCACCCCGCAGGGGUGGAGCCUGAGCGAGGAGCCAGCUAGCAGCCCUCUCUCCCCGGAUGACGAGCGGCAGGAUAACAUGGAGUCCGGCAAGAUGGCGCCUCCCAAGAACGCUCCGAGAGAUGCCUUGGUGAUGGCACAAAUCCUGAAGGAUAUGGGAAUUACGGAGUAUGAACCAAGGGUUAUAAAUCAAAUGUUGGAAUUUGCUUUCCGAUAUGUGACUACAAUUCUGGAUGAUGCAAAAAUUUAUUCAAGCCAUGCUAAGAAACCUAAUGUUGAUGCAGAUGAUGUGAGACUGGCAAUCCAGUGUCGCGCUGAUCAGUCUUUUACUUCUCCUCCUCCGAGAGAUUUUUUACUGGAUAUUGCAAGGCAGAAAAAUCAAACCCCUUUACCACUGAUUAAGCCAUACGCAGGACCCAGACUGCCACCUGACAGAUACUGCUUAACAGCUCCAAACUAUAGGCUGAAGUCCUUAAUUAAAAAGGGACCUAACCAGGGAAGACUAGUACCACGGUUAAGUGUUGGUGCUGUUAGUAGCAGACCUUCCACUCCUACUGUAGCAGCCCCGCAAACGUCUGUCCCAAAUAAAGUUGCACCUCCAGUGUCAGUGACAAGCCAAAGAUUUACGGUGCAGAUUCCACCUUCUCAGUCCACACCUGUCAAAUCAGUUCCUGCAACAACUGCAGUUCAAAAUGUUCUGAUUAAUCCUUCAAUAAUUGGGCCCAAAAAUAUUCUUAUUACCACCAACAUGGUUUCAUCACAGAACAUGGCCAAUGAAUCAAACCCAUUGAAGAGAAAACACGAAGAUGAUGAUAAUGAUACUAUGUAAGGAAUACAAUCAAGAUGUAUUUCAAACGUGUAGUUGGUUUGGAGCCCAUUAUACUGAACUAGAAUAUUCUCUAUCUUCUCAAGUUUUAUCUUAGAAAACUUAAAUGUAGCUGCAGUAUUUUUCACAGUAGUUUAAUUUUUUUCUUAAAACAGGUAUCUUAGGUAAGCAUACCAAUGUUUUUUCAUUAGGCUCAAGUAAAAAAGUAUUUGUUUCUGAAUAUUUUGAUUAAUGUUGAAUUCUACCAUGACAAUUUUAUAUUUGGAAGCAGUUUUCUGCCAUAUAUCACUGACAGCACUUAAGUUUCAAGUUUCUACAGCCUCAUCAGUGGACUAAUCUUUAAUAGCAUAAUUUCUAAUCUACAUUUAAAUACUACUUUCUUUUAUAAGGUAAAAUAGUCACAAUUUUUGUUUUCACCAACUUUUCUGACCAAAUCUCUAACUUUAGGAAGUAGUUUUUGGAAAGGAUGGAUUUAAAGGGAUUCUAAAUUUGGAGUGUAUUUGUUUCUUGGUGAUCCCUAACCUCCCAUGUCCUCAACCCAUUUCUAGAUCCCAUUCAUUUUCUGUACCACCUCUUCCCCACAGGCUCAAGUUUCUCCCAAUACUCCUAAUUAGAAGGCCAAAACUCGAGUUUAAGAACAUGUAAUUCCUGAUAAUACAGUUCAGUGUCAUUUUCCUGUUUUUAAAACCUGCUUUACACGCCUGAAAGUUUGCUUUGCUGUUUUUCUCUCCAUACCAGAGCACUUGAGUUUUAUCCAUUGCCUUUCAUGCUGAGCUUUUACUCUCCUUUUGACACGUAGUUUGGGGUCAGUUACGGUCUUAUAUUCCAAGUCGAUAAUGCCACCAUAUUUCACAUUUCUAAAUUUAACAGAGAUGCUAUAGUUUAAGAUCUGCCUUGAUAAGUGUAUUUACACUGUACCGAGGCAAAAACCACUGAAGAGCAAGUGUUUUUUUUUUUCCUUUCUACCACAUACAUAUAUGCUAUGAUCACUACUGCUUGAACCCUGCUGGGUAUCAUAGAUGGGAUCAGACCUUAAAAUUCUCUAAUGGUUUUCCUUCCUCUAGAAGGCCAACAACAAAAACAAGUUGGUGUAAUGUGACCUGCACUUAUGUGUACUGUGCAUAGGUUUCCCAGUAAUGUUGCUAAAUACCUGUCCCUAUUUUCCAUUUAUACACGUUUAAACAUCUUGGUGGGAAAGAUUCAAAGCUUUCAAAAAUAUAAAUAGGCUUGUUUUUAAGUAAGUCUGACACACUCAAUAUAGGAAUUUUGCAGAAUUUUCUAAAAUAAAUUUUCAUGUCAUAAUUUAGAACUUAUAGCCAAGGAUCCUCAAAACUUGUAACACAAGAAAGUUUCAUGUUAGGAUGGUGCUUGAUACAUUGAAGAGAAAGAGUUCAGUGACAGAGACUUGUCUCAUCACCAUUUGAGUGUUUUUGAAUAUUAGGAAAAAGGUAGUAUCAAACUUACAAAAACGGAUCUGAUCACCAUAGGAGAAAAAUGUUCAUUAUAUAGCAUAGGAUAUCAUUACUUGAAUGUUCUCAGGGAAGCAGCAUGUCAAAAAGCCUAGGUUCUAGUCCUGGCUCCAUCAUUUACCAACUAUGUGACCUUACUUCACCUCUGAGCCUAGUUCUCAGUAAUAGGAAAAUAACACCGACCCUGCCUACCUCACAGGGAUGUUGUGAGGGUUUAAUUAGCAUAUGUGAAAAUUCCUUCGAAAUUGUAAAAUGGUUUAUAACUAAGAAAUUGUUAAUGUAUUUGUUCCAAGAUUAUUAAUAAAAAAUUGAAUUUA